ACGGCCGCGUCCUCUAGUUCGACGGCGAAUCCGUCCCGUUCGAGCCCGUGCGGGUGGACCUCGUCGUGUCGCACCCCUUCACCGGCGAGGAGCGGAGGAUCACCGCGCCGCAGAACUUUUUCGGGUACUGCAGCUGGAGCGGGGCGCUGCUCUGCGCGGCGCCGGGGUGCGGCCACCUCGACUGCCCGCCCGCCGGCUCCUUCGCCGUGGUCUUCGUCGGCACCGACGAGUCCGAGGAGCGUACGCAAGCGUACCACUACUCGUCGGAGUCUGGGAAGUGGAGCAAGGCUGCCACUGUGGAUCAUCCCACUGACCGUAUGACGGAGGGGCGCAGCGCCCUUGUGGAGAAUGCAGUCUACUUCAUCUGGGAGGACAGCAAUGGGAUCCUGGAGUACGAUCUGGGCAAGCAGGAGCUCUCCAUGAUCAGCUUGCCGCCUGUGUGCGAGGAUUGGUAUGUCGCAGUGAUGACAGCAGAGGAUGGUGGAUUGGGAUUGGCCGUUGUGAAGGAUUUCAAGCUCCACAUGUGGUCUAGAGAGCAUGGUCCAAAUAGAUCGGGAUGGGCGCAGCGCAGGGUCGUCAAGCUCAGGGGUGUGGCCUUUGAUUGUGCCAUCUCAACCUUGCCUAGCAGUGUGGUUCCCUUUGCCAGUGGAGACAAUGUGAUUUUUGCAUUUACUCGUGAUGUUGGGGUUUUCGCUAUUGAUGUGAAGUCAGGACGGAUCACAAAGGUGUCCAAGGUCGGUGCUGUCCGUGGCAUUGUUCCCUACAUUUGCUUCUACAUUCCAGCAUUGGAAACUGCAGCUACAGUUGAGAGACCAUGAACAGACGCUUCAAGUGCUUGACAAGCACAAAUUUUAGGCAGUAAGUGUGGAGUUCUUGGUCAGGGGAAAUUGGAUACGAGUGGGAUUUUUGCCUGUGGACUCAUGGUAACGACAAAUUGUAUAAGCUUUAUUGUGAAACUACUCUUUAGCAUAUCUGUGGCUAGUGCUGGUCUUAGUUUCUUGGCUUUCGGUGUUUAUGUGUUUUGUUUAGGGUAGUUAUGUCUUGUAUGUAAGCAUCCACCAUCGCCAAAUCAUUAUACCCACCAGCAC